GAAUUGUUUUAAGGUUGACUUUGAAUUUCCUUCUUCUCAAUUAAGAUACCUCAAAUUUUAUGGAUGCUCUUUAGAAUCUUUACCAACAAAUUUUAAUGGAAGGAAUCUUGUUGAACUUGAUUUAGUAUGUAGCAGGAUAGAGAAACUUUGGAAAGGGGAUGAGAUUUUUGACAACUUGAAAGUCAUCAACCUUAGUUAUUCACGGUAUCUUGUUGAAAUCCCAGACUUUCCAAAAAUGCCAAAUUUGGAGAUCCUGAAUCUAGAAGGGUGCACAAGCCUCAAGAUUCUUCCAGGGAACUUUGAUAAGUUGGAACAUCUUCGAUGUCUCUCUUGUGACGGGUGCACAAGCCUCAAGAGUUUCCCAAAAAUCGAGGGAAAUACGAGUAAGCUAAGAGAGAUUAAUUUAAGUAAAACAGCUAUAAUAGAAGUACCAUCAUCAAUUGAGCAUCUAAAUGGGCUUGAAUACUUCCAUUUAAGUGGAUGCUUCAACCUCGUAAGUCUUCCGAGGAGUAUUUGUAAUUUGAGUUCUCUUCAAACUCUCUAUCUGGAUCACUGUUCAAAACUAAAGGGUUUUCCAGAAAUGAAGGACAAUAUGGGGAAUCUAGAAAGGCUUAAUUUGAGUUCUACAGCUAUAGAAGAGCUUUCAUCAUCAGUUGGACAUCUAAAGGCUCUUAAACACCUAGAUUUGUCAGAAUGCACAUACCUUGUGAAUCUUCCAGAGAGCAUUUUCAAUAUCAGCUCUCUUGAAACUCUCAAUGUGAGGAGGUGUUUAAAGCUAAAGGACUUUCCAAAGAUCAAGAACAACAUGGAAAAUCUAGAAAGGCUUGAUUUGAGUUUUACAGCUAUAGAAGAGCUUCCAUAUUCAAUUGGAUAUCUAAAGGCUCUUAAACACCUAGAUUUAUCAUGUUGUGACAACCUUGUGAAUCUUCCAGAGAGCAUUUGCAAUUUGAGCUCUCUUGAAAAGCUUAGAGUCCGAAACUGUCCAAAACUCCAGAGAUUGCAGGUGGACCUAGAGGAUGGUUCACACAUCUUAAGAUCAUUAAAUACAACUUGUGACAUAAUAAAGCAAGGUGUAAUCUGGAGCAAUGACCGCUUCUCCUCAUUAGAAACAUUACAUCUACGGUGCAGUCAAAUGGAAGGAGAGAUCCUUAAUCAUCAUAUUUGGUCCCUGUCAUCACUGGUGGAAUUAUGUAUAAGAAACUCUGAUCUCACGGGAAGAGGAAUCCUCAGUGAUAGUUUCUACCCAUCAUCAUUGGUAGGAUUAUCUGUAGGUAACUUCAAUCUAAUGGAAGUAGGUGAUAAGGGAGAAUCAAAUGAUUCUCCCUUAUCAGUAGGAAUCCAAGGAAUCCUCAAUGAUAUUUGGAACCUAUCUUCACUGGUGAAAUUAUCUCUAAAUAACUGCAAUCUAAUGGAAGUAGGAAUCCUUAGUGAUGUUUGGAACCUAUCUUCACUGGAGAAAUUAUCUCUAAAUAACUGCAAUCUAAAGGAAGGAGAGAUCCUCAAUCGUAUUUGCCACCUGCCAUCGUUGGAAGAAUUAUCUCUGGAUGGGAACCAUUUUAGUAGCAUACCUGCUGGCAUCAGACUACUUUCCAAUCUAAGAGCCCUCCACUUGAGACAUUGCAAGAAGCUUCAAGAAAUUCCAGAGCUUCCAUCAAGUUUAAGAGACCUUUACAUGAGCCACUGCAAAAAGCUUCGAGCAAUUCCAAAGCUUCCAUCAAAUCUGCUACUUUUAGAUAUGCACAGUUCAGAUGGUAUUUCAUCACUGUCGAAUCAUUCUCUGUUCAAUUGCUUGAAAUCAAAAUUAUAUCAGGAACCCCAGAUUUCUCUUGGUGCUUCUGAAUUACGAGACAUGGCAAUGGAAAUUGUUAUUCCUAGGAGUAGUGGAAUUCUAGAGGGAAGAAGGAAUCAGAGUAUGGGAAGUCAUCAAGUAAGAAGAGAGCUCCCUCAGAAUUGGUAUGAAAACAAUGACUUGCUGGGAUUUGCUUUAUGCUGUGUUUAUGUUUGGGUACUUGAUGAAUUCAACCCUAGAUAUGGACCAUUAUCGUGCUUGGAUUGUAAAUUGGCUAUCUCGGGAAAUUGUCAAUCAAAAGAUGUGGGCAAAUUCCAAAUUGAAUCUGAAUGUUAUUGCUCUGAUGAUGAUGAUGAUCAUGGUAGUGCAUCAGAUCUAGUAUGGGUUAUAUAUUAUCCCAAGGAUGCUAUUAAGAAGCAAUAUCUCUCCAAUCAAUGGACACACUUUACGGCUUCAUUUGGAAGCGCAACCCUUGAAGCGAAAGAGUGCGGGAUCCAUCUUAUAUAUGGCUGCUUCAAAUGUCAACGAGAUAAAGAAUGCCAACAGAAGCUUUGUUUAAAGGGCAGUGCUAUUAAUGAGCUUCCCCUUAUUGAGAGUCCCUUUGAACUUGGUAGUCUGUGUUUGCGGGAGUGCAAAAACCUAGAGAGUCUGCCAAGUACCAUCUGUGAGUUGAAGUCCCUUACAACUCUCUCUUGUUCUGGCUGUUCACAACUAACUAUCUUUCCAGAAAUCUUAGAGACUUUGGAAAAUUUAAGAGAGCUUCAUUUAGAAGGGACUGCCAUCGAAGAACUACCAUCAUCAAUUCAACAUCUAAGAGGGCUUCAGUAUUUGAAUCUGGCAUAUUACAACAACCUUGUGAGCCUUCCAGAAACCAUUUAUCGUUUGAAAUCCCUCGUAUUUCUCUCUUGCACUGGUUGUUCACAACUAAAGAGCUUUCCAGAAAUCCUGGAGAUAUCGAAAAUUUACGAGAGCUUUCUUUAGAUGGAACUGCCAUAAAAGAGCUCCCAACAUCAAUUGAACGACUAGGAGGGCUUCAAGAUUUGCGCCUGUCAAAUUGCAGCAACCUUGUGAAUCUUCCAGAAAGCAUUUGUAACUUGAGAUUUCUCAAAAAUCUCAAUGUUAAUCUCUGUUCAAAACUUGAGAAAUUUCCUCAGAACUUAGGGAGUUUGCAACGUCUAGAGCUUUUGGGAGCUGCAGGUUCAGAUUCUAAUCAAGUUCUAGGAGCAAUUCAGAGUGAUGAUUGCCGCAUGUCAUCAUGGAAAGCAUUAAAUCUAAGCAUCAACUAUUUUAGUAGUACAAUUCCUAUCAGCAUCAUUCAACUUUCUAAAUUGAGAGUCCUUGACUUGAGUCAUUGCCAGAAGCUUCUACAAAUUCCAGAGCUUCCACCAAGUUUACGAAUUCUUGAUGUCCACGCCUGCCCAUGCUUGGAAACAUUAUCAAGUCCGUCAAGUCUACUUGGUUUUUCUUUGUUCAGAUGCUUCAAAUCAGCAAUUGAGGAGUUUGAAUGCGGGUCCUAUUGGAGCAAGGGAAUCCAAAUUGUUAUUCCAGGAAAUAAUGGAAUUCCAGAGUGGAUAAGCCAACAGAAAAAAGGAUCUGAAAUAACAAUAGAGCUUCCUAUGGAUUGGUACCAUAAUAACGACUUCUUGGGAGUUGCCUUAUACUCUGUUUAUGUUCCACUUCAAAUUGAAUCCAAUGAAGAUCCUUGUAGUUUAACAUGUCAAUUGAAUUUCCAUGUCCAUCAAUUUGAAUUUCUGGAUGAUCUACCAUCUAAAUUCUGGUCUAUGAAUGGUCUUUCACCUGAAUUUUGGCCCGUGGAUGAACUCUGGUUUAGAAGGGGUUAUUUGUGCCACCAUAAUGGUGAUGAAUUAAAUGAAGUCUGGGUGGCAUAUUAUCCGAAGGUUGCUAUUCCGAAUCAGUAUUGGUCAAAUAAAUGGAGACAUUUGAAGGCUUCAUUUCAUGGUUACUUGGGUAGUAAACAAGUGAAAGUGAAAGAGUGUGGGUUCCAUCUUAUAUCUAUGCCCAAGAUUGUCAACAGAACCAUCCCACAAGAUAGAAGUAUAAAAGGCGUCGAGCACAAUCGUCCACCAAUAUUGAUACAGUACCCAGAUGUUCAAAGAUGCUGUGACACCAAAUCAGUACCAGAAGAUACUAAUGUUAAUGCACAGAUGAAGAAGAAGACCAUAUCCACAAGUGGUUGGACCUUCUUUGCAAAUCUGUUCAAUGGAUAUGUUGUAGAAGAUGCUAAACAUUCAUCUCAAGCUUUUGAUAUAUAAACUUCAUGGUACAAAUGACACCGCCAUUGCCCAAUUUAUCUCACAAUUACAACAAAGAGGUUUUUCUACAUGGGGAUGAUAUGUCAGAUCGGUUUUUCAACUGCUCACAGAACUUGCUAUGGCAUAUUGUCUCUCUUAGGAAGGAAUGAAUUCUGGAUCGUUAUCACUGCAUUCACCUCAAACAGGUUCUGUGUAAUGGAGCAUGCACCAAGUAAACUCCUCCUCUUGCCAAAGGUUUGAGAGUCUUAUAUUUGGUGCAUGUAUGUUCCUGCAUCUUUAGUAGCAAUAAUUUUACGCUCUAUCUUUCGGGUUUUAUAGAUUUUUUUUUGUAACUGUGAGUGUCAUCCAAGGCCAUAUUUCAGGUUGUUCAUUAACUGGCUUUUUGACCUUGUGUCCCCAGACCCUAUCUUGGAUGGUGCUAACUUUCAGGUGUUGAUUGCUUUUGCUAAUGCCUUCCAUGCAUUGCAGCUUCUUAAAAUCCGUUGUUGCAUAUGAUUUUGUGAAGCUCUUAAGAAUGGAUUUCACUUAAAAGAGAAACUGAUCCAAAAGGUGGGAAAAUUCAACUGCACAUUGAGGAACUUCUGAAAAGCAACACAUCAAUAUUUGUGAUGGAAUAUCUGAAGCUCAAACAAUUGAAGGCGACAAGCUCAGGCAAUUAAAUGUGAAAAGCUCAAAUGACUUGAACAUCUCAAUUGCAGAAUUUUAUCAAAGGGAAGGAGGAAUCUCAACUUAAGAACAAACUAUCAAAUUCAAGAGGAGACAAACAUCUCAAUUGUAAAAUUUUCCUUCCAAAUGUUCUAGUAGAGGAAUACAUCUUGACCCCAUACAAUGAGUUUUGGAUGAUGAUGGGUGGAGAGGAGAGAACACAUAGUACAAGUGAGAGCGAGUGUGAAAGUCUUUAUGGAGGGGAACUUGAAGCCAUCUGCUGAGAUUUGACUGAAUUGAAUCAAGAAAAGAUCCCGAUCCACCCGCAUGAUUCUACUAUCAAUUCAAUUCUGUUUCCUGAUGGAUCAAUUUGCACUACGGUUUGACCUCUUUGAAACCUUGGUGAGUGAGAGGAGGUAGGAUGCUUCAAAUUUUCAAGCUGUGAUGGUAUGAUCGUGUGGUGAAAAAUGUUCAGCCUGGAAAGAAAAAAAAAUUGUCUACAACAUGUAUGCCAAGACAUUCAGAGAUCUUUCAAAGAGUUAGCAGCUCUAGAUUAAUCAAUCCUGCAGGAUGAAAAUGGACGGAGAUCGAAGCCCUUUGAUUCAUAUCUGUAAUUGCAUAAACAUAUGCGCCAGUGUUGUACAAGAAUAUGAGGUUUCUGACACUACGAAAGAGGCCAAGACACGAGUGGCCAUGAGUACAAGUUGAAUUUUGGAUACAUUCCAUUACCUGGAACCAUUGAUUUUCUUGCUGUUGUUCAUCCCUUUCUGGAUUUUCUUGAAGGCCCUAUCAUUUCUUGGUUGUACUGAAUUGUUUUGAAUGUUGCAUUUCAUGCAUUAGACGAUGGAGUAGAGAUCAUUCCAGCA